AUUAUAAAUACUAUACUGUCGAGUAAGCUUCGUUGAAAGGAAAAGUCGAAAUGGUGCUGUCAUUGGAUCGUUGGGUGGGCAAAGUUGCUGUGGUAACGGGAACUAGUGCUGGAAUUGGUGCUGCAGUGGCCGAAGCGUUGGUAAAAAGUGGAAUUAUAGUCGCCGGAUUAGCUAGACGAAAGGAACGCACCGAAGAACUUUCUAAAAAUUUGUCAGGCGAAAAAGGAAAAUUACACGCGGUAAAAUGUGACUUAACCAAAGAAGAAGACAUCUUAGAAGCUUUCAAGUGGGUGAGAGAAAAUCUUGGACCGAUAUCUAUACUUGUGAACAACGCAGGAUUAGGGCAGGCCACUACUCUGAUAGAUGGCGAUUUCGCGAAAUGGAAAACCGUAAUAGAUACGAACGUUCUUGGUCUUUGCAUUGCAACAAGGGAGGCGAUUAAAGACAUGAAAGCUAACAACAUUGAUGGUCACGUAAUUCACAUCAACAGUGUUGAAGGCCACAGGGUCGAAUUCGUUCCGGUUAUAAACGUGUACCCCGCGAGCAAAUUCGCAGUUACGGCUCUCGCGGAGACAUUGAGACACGAGAUAAACAACCAGAAUCUUAAAAUCAAAAUAACUAGCGUUAGUCCUGGAUUGGUAGCUACAGAAAUUAUUCAAGCCAGCUUUGGAGAUGCACUUGACACAAGCGCUCUAGAUCUGACCUGCGCACUCCAAUCUGAAGAUAUCGCCGACGCUGUUCUGUACGCACUGUCCACACCUCCACAUGUACAGGUUUCCGAGGUUACAGUUCAACCGGUAGGAGAGAGAGAAAAAGCAGACAUGGUACUGUCAUUGGAUCGUUGGGUGGGCAAAGUUGCCGUGGUAACGGGGACCAGUGCCGGAAUAGGUGCUGCAAUUGCGGAAGCGUUAGUAAAAAGUGGAGUUAUAGUGGCAGGAUUGGCUAGACGAAAGGAACGCACAGAAGAGCUCUCUAAAAAAUUGUCAGGCGAAAAAGGAAAAUUACACGCGGUAAAAUGUGACGUAACCAGCGAAGAAGAUAUAGUACAAGCUUUCAAGUGGGUCAAAGAAAAUUUGGGACCGGUGUCUAUCCUUGUGAACAACGCUGGCCUAGCACAAGCGACUAGCCUGAUAGAUGGAGACACUGCAAAAUGGAAAAAAGUUCUAGAUACCAACGUUCUUGGCCUCUGCAUAGCUACGAGAGAGGCAAUCAAAGAUAUGAAAGCGAAUAACAUUGCGGGUCACAUAUUCCAUAUCAACAGCGUAGCAGGCCACAAAGUCGUUGCCCCACCAAUAUUGAAUAUCUACUUCGCUAGUAAAUUCGCCGUCACAGCACUAGCGGAGACCUUGAGGUAUGAGAUCAACAGCCAGAACCUCAAAAUCAGGAUAACGAGCGUUAGCCCUGGAUUGGUGGAAACGGAAAUCCUUGAAGUCAAUUUCGGGAAUGUCCUAGAUCUAAACGCCCCAGAACUGAAAAUUGCACUUAAAUCUGAAGAUAUUGCUGACGCUGUUAUCUAUGCACUCUCUACCCCGCCACACGUACAGUUCUUUAAUACCAAAAAAACAAAAUUCAUGAUCAUAUCCAGGAAUCUAAACACGUUUCAAAACUCCACCAUAACAUUUAACGCUAGACCCAUAGAAAGAGUGGACAAAUUCAAAUACUUGGGUACCUGGCUUUUCGAAGACUGGACAUCGGACAACGAAAUAAAAUACCGUAUAGAACAGGCCCGACAAGCUUUCUUGAGGUUCAGAAGAGUGCUAACCUGCUCCGAUUUUGACCUUGACCUAAGAAUGAGAUUCGUGAAAUCCUACGUUUGGUCGGUGCUCCUUUACGGCAUGGAGGGGUGGACACUGAAGACAACUACAAUAAACAAAUUAGAGGCCUUUGAGAUGUGGCUACACCGCAGAACUCUCAAGAUACCCUGGACGGCUAGAUUGACCAACGAUGAAAUUCUAAGACGUGUUAACAAACCACGUGAACUUUUUGAAUCAAUUAAGAAGAAGAAAACGGCAUAUCUGGGGCAUAUCAUGCGAAACAAAAAAUAUCAAUUUUUACAACUGUUGAUUGAAGGCAAGAUCGAAGGCAGGAGGGGGAUCGGAAGAAAAAAAAUGUCGUGGCUUCGAAACAUCAGACAGUGGACUGGCCUGCAUGAUAUAAUCCACCGUUUUUCUAUAAUUACACCUUGCAAUGCUUAUAUUAAUCAUCAUUUCAUGGCUCGAAAUUUAGUUGCGUAUUAUCGGAAAACGAACCACUAUAUAAAGACUGCAAAAGCGAUUUCUAAUCCCAUAAGUAUUUGCGCUGUAUUGUUGCCAAUUUGUGAGAGAGAAAUGGUGCUAUCGUUGGACCGUUUUGUGGGGAAGGUUGCUGUAGUAACUGGAACCAGUGCUGGCAUAGGAGCUGCUAUUGCAGAGGCACUAGUCAAAGAAGGGGUUAUAGUUGCAGGGCUCGCUCGUAGAAAAGAACGCGUGGAAGAACAAGCGAAGAAAUUAUCCGGCCUGAAAGGAAAAUUACACGCGGUAAGAUGCGACGUCACCAAUGAGAAAGACAUCUUGGAAGCGUUCAAGUGGGUGAGAGAAAAUUUGGGACCUGUCCACAUAUUGGUGAAUAACGCGGGACUAAUACAACCGACUUCUUUAAUAGGCGGUGAUAGUGCAAAAUGGAGAACUGUUUUCGAUACCAACGUCAUUGGCCUCUGCAUAGCCACAAAAGAGGCCGUUAAAGACAUGAAAACGAACAACAUCGACGGUCACGUGAUUCACAUAAACAGCAUUGCUGGUCACAAAGUGAUCCCCAGACCGUACAUCAAUGUCUAUUGUGCUAGUAAAUACGCCGUUACAGCACUAGCCGAGACUUUGAGAAACGAAAUCAACCAAGAGAAUUUAAAAAUUAAAAUCACGAGCGUCAGUCCAGGGUACGUAGAAACGGAAAUAGUAAAAGCAAAUUUUGGCGCCGAUGCGUCCAAAAUAGUUCUCGACGCAGCUCUACAAGCUGAAGACAUUGCCGACGCUGUGAUCUACGCGUUGUCCACUCCCCCACAUGUGCAGGUAUCGGAAGUGACGGUCCAACCGGUUGGAGAAAAAAUUUAACUUAUCUAUAAAUUAUGAAAAAUUUAUUAAAAGAGUUAUUGUGAAAAGUGAAAAGAAAUACAAUUAUUAGUUUA